CGCCGACAUCGAGAGCGAAGGGAAUCAAAUGCCAACGCCAGUGACACAACCUACCGGAAGGACACGCCGACCAGCUCCGGAUGUACACGCACCGAGAGAAGACGCAGACAACGAAAACAAUGAAAUUCCGGCCCCACAGAGAGCAGACAACGACAUCGAAAGAAAUGGCAGACCAACGCCAGUGACACAACCGACCGGAAAGACGCGACUGCCUGCUGAGGAUGCGUUCGUACCGCCACGAAAUGGGUCAUUUGUUCAUAAACCCGGAAGACCGAAGCCGGGGAACGCCGACAUCGAGAGCGAAGGGAAUGAAAUGCCAACGCCAGUGACACAACCAACGGGAAGGACACGCCCACCAGCUCGGGAAGUACACGCUCCGAGAGAAGACGCAGACAACGAAAACAAUGAAAUUCCGGCCCCACAGAGAGCAGAUUACGACAUCGAAAGAAAUGGCAGACCAACGCCAGUGACACAACCGACCGGAAAGACGCGACUGCCUGCUGAGGAUGCGUUGGUACCGCCACGAAAUGGGUCAUUUGUUCAUAAACCCGGAAGACCGAAGCCGGGGAACACCGACAUCGAGAGCGAAGGGAAUGAAAUGCCAACGCCAGUGACACAACCUACCGGAAGGACACGCCCACCAGCUCCGGAAGUACACGCACCGAGAGAAGACGCAGACAACGAAAACAAUGAAAUUCCGGCCCCACAGAGAGCAGAUAACGACAUCGAAAGAAAUGGCAGACCAACGCCAGUGACACAACCGACCGGAAAGACGCGACUGCCUGCUGAGGAUGCGUUGGUACCGCCACGAAAUGGGUCAUUUGUUCAUAAACCCGGAAGACCGAAGCCGGGGAACACCGACAUCGAGAGCGAAGGGAAUGAAAUGCCAACGCCAGUGACACAACCUACCGGAAGGACACGCCCACCAGCUCCGGAAGUACACGCACCGAGAGAAGACACCGACAGCGAAAACAUUGGAAUGUCGAUGCCACUGGGGCAUUGGACGGCCGAAAUGGGACAAGUGACAAUAUUCCCUGAUAAUGCGAGGAUGGAAGGAGAAGCUGGAAAUAAUAUGAGAGCGGAUAACGACAUCGAAAGAAAUGGCAGACCAACACCAGUGACACAACCGACCGGAAAGACGCGACUGCCUGCUGAUGAUGCGUUGGUACCGCCACGAAAUGGGUCAUUUGUUCAUAAACCCGGAAGACCGAAGCCGGGGAACGCCGACAUCGAAAGCGAAGGGAACGAAAUGCCAACGCCAGUGACACAACCUACCGGAAGGACACACCCACCAGCUCCGGAUGUACACGCACCGCCACGAAAUGGGUCAUUUGUUCAUAAACCCGGAAGACCGAAGCCGGGGAACGCCGACAUCGAGAGCGAAGGGAAUCAAAUGCCAACGCCAGUGACACAACCUACAGGAAGGACACGCCCACCAGCUCCGGAAGAACACGCACCGAGAGAAGACACCGACUAUGAAAAUAUUGGAAUGUCGAUGCCACUGCGGAAUAAUGACGCGGCUGGUGGAAAACCUGCUAACAGACAUGAGGAGGGGCAUUGGCCGGCCCAAAUGGGACAAGUGACAAUGUUCCCUGAGGAUGCGAGGAUGGAAGGAGAAGCUGGAAAUAUGAGAGCGGAUAACGACAUCGAAGGAAAUGGCAGACCAACGCCAGUGACACAACCGACCGGAAAGACGCGACUGCCUGCUGAGGACGCGGUGGUACCGCCACGAAAUGGGUCAUUUGUUCAUAAACCCGGAAGGCCGAAGCCAGGGAACGCCGACAUCGAGAGCGAAGGGAACGAAAUGCCAACGCCAGUGACACAACCUACCGGAAGGACACACCCACCAGCUCCGGAUGUACACGCACCGCCACGAAAUGGGUCAUUUGUUCAUAAACCCGGAAGACCGAAGCCGGGGAACGCCGACAUCGAGAGCGAAGGGAACGAAAUGCCAACGCCAGUGACACAACCUACCGGAAGGACACACCCACCAGCUCCGGAUGUACACGCACCGCCACGAAAUGGGUCAUUUGUUCAUAAACCCGGAAGACCGAAGCCGGGGAACGCCGACAUCGAGAACGAAGGGAACCACAUGCCAACGCCAGUGACACAACCUACCGGAAGGACACACCCACCAGCUCCGGAAGUACACGCACCGAGAGAAGACACCGACUACGAAAACAUUCGAAUGUCGAUGCCACUGGGGCAUUGGCCGGCCCAAAUGGGACAAGUGACAAUGUUCCCUGAGGAUGCGAGGAUGGAAGGAGAAGCUGGAAAUAUGAGAGCGGAUAACGACAUCGAAGGAAAUGGCAGACCAACGCCAGUGACACAACCGACCGGAAAGACGCGACUGCCUGCUGAGGACGCGGUGGUACCGCCACGAAAUGGGUCAUUUGUUCAUAAACCCGGAAAGCCGAAGCCAGGGAACGCCGACAUCGAGAGCGAAGGGAACGAAAUGCCAACGCCAGUGACACAACCUACCGGAAGGACACACCCACCAGCUCCGGAUGUACACGCACCGCCACGAAAUGGGUCAUUUGUUCAUAAACCCGGAAGACCGAAGCCGGGGAACGCCGACAUCGAGAGCGAAGGGAAUGAAAUGCCAACGCCAGUGACACAACCUACCGGAAGGACACACCCACCAGCUCCGGAUGUACACGCACCGCCACGAAAUGGGUCAUUUGUUCAUAAACCCGGAAGACCGAAGCCGGGGAACGCCGACAUCGAGAGCGAAGGGAACCACAUGCCAACGCCAGUGACACAACCUACCGGAAGGACACACCCACCAGCUCCGGAAGUACACGCACCGAGAGAAGACACCGACUAUGAAAAUAUUGGAAUGUUCAUGCCACUGCGGAAUAAUGACAUGGCUGGUGGAAAACCUGCUAACAGCUAUGAGGAGGGGCAUCGGACGGCCCAAAUGGGACAAGUGACAAUGUUCCCUGAGGAUGUGAGGAUGGAAGCAGAAGCUGGAAACAAUAUGAGAGCGGAUAACGACAUCGAAAGAAAUGGCAGACCAACGCCAGUGACGCAACCGACCGGAAAGACGCGGCUGCCUGCUGAGGAUGCGUUUGUACCGAAGACAGGAGGCACACGUACAAAACCGGCAACAGUUGCCACAUCCUCACACUCGGUUACAAGCAGCACUCACGAGGCGUCAUCAGUAAGCACGCCUAGCACGGAAUCCAGUGAGGGCCCGACAUCAGGCGGGGUUACAAAGGGCACUCCAGAAUCGCCAUCAGGAAGCACGCCUGGAACAGGAAGCACCGAGCAUCCGAUUCCUACCGAAUUUCCAGGGACCACAAUUCCAGAAGAAACAGAAAGCACGCCCGGAACAGAAAGCACCGGUCGCACAAUACCUGGCAAGGUCACAAGGAGAACUCCGACGAUGCCAGCAGGAAGCACGCCUGUGACACCUGGAACAGGUAGCUCAGAGGGUACAAGUCCUGGCUCGGGAUCAACCGAAAGUCCUUAUAGAACGAGCUCGAGAAGGCCAGGACCUAGAAGUACUGAACUUACAAGUGAAGAAACGCCAGAAACAGGAACCACUGAGGUUGGAAGCAGCCCAGGGCCCGAUACAGAAACCCCAGGACCAGCGACACCCGUAACGCCUGGAACGGGAAGCGCUGAAAGUUCACCGCCUGAAGCACCAACAUCCCCGGCUCCAUCCUCUGAAAGCCCUGGAACUGUAUCCCCUGAAGGCACAACGCCAGGAGAAGGAAGCUCUGAACUGCCAACAGAAAGCACGACAGAAGAAGGAAGCACUGAAGGGUCAACAGAAAGCCCGGAAGGAAGAACGAGUCCAGCAGGACCAAGCGGAAGCACGGGCGGAGGAAGUAGCCCCGAGGGACCCAGCUCUGGCAUGCCAGGAUCAACGCCAAGUGAGGCGCCAACUCCUGAAACGCCAGGCACAGGACCAAGUGAGACGGGGUCCGUGACGCCAAGCGGCUCCCGAGGUCCCGGAACGUGGCCAGAAACUACUGAACUAGGCAUGGAAACCAAACCAUCUGGCUCUGGUGCUUGGCCAGAAUCAACGAUACCAAGCGUGGGAUCUAAACCAACCAGGCCAGGCGCAUUGCCAGAAACGACAGAAGCAGGCGCGGAAACCAAACCAACUAGCUCUGGUGCUUGGCCAGAAUCUACAAUACCAGGCCGGUGGCCAGAAUCUACAAUACCAGACAGGUGGCCAGAAUCUACAAUACCAGACAGGUGGCCAGAAUCUACAAUACCAGACAGGUGGCCAGAAUCUACAAUACCAGACAGGUGGCCAGAAUCUACAAUACCAGACAGGUGGCCAGAAUCUACAAUACCAGACAGGUGGCCAGAAUCUACAAUACCAGACAGGUGGCCAGAAUCUACAAUACCAGACAGGUGGCCAGAAUCUACAAUACCAGACAGGUGGCCAGAAUCUACAAUACCAGACAGGUGGCCAGAAUCUACAAUACCAGACAGGAAUGGACUGCUUGGCUGCGAUGAGGUGGGCGAGGCGGCUGUCGACCCUGUGGAGACGCUCGUCCAUCUCAACUUCCUUGGUGGUCUUUUCUACUUUGUUUACAAUCUCGGUGGACCACUCCUCAAUGCCCUUCUUCGAACCUACGAAAAGUGCACCUCAUCGUUUCCGGGAAGUCAAGCGGCAGCCAGGGAGGCCAGAAUUUUGGCCCUUGGACCAUUUUUCACGGAAAUACCACGAAUGGAUUGCUGCCUCCACAAGAUCUGUGGAACGCAAAAUCCUGCAGACGGACACGAAUGUAACCCAAAGUGGUCCUCGUGCGGUGAAGCCCACCUAACGGGGGACCGAAGCUGCAGAAAGCGUCUAAAACAGGUUCGCCGACCAGAACCGUCGUCAGGACGCCAAGAACGGAAGCCAUCAAAGGAAUGCAGCCUCAAGCGUAAACAAAGGUGGUUCGAGUCGGAGGAAGAAGAGCAUGGAUAUACCACGGAAGGAUCUAUUCCCUUCGACCAGGAAAAUUUCCCGGAAGUACACCGUCAAGAAUCCGGGCGGGGACCAGAGAAGUCCAAGAUGAAGAACGCAACACCUCAACACCCUCAGUCCAGGGAAACCAUUGGCCAACCACAAAUGGCGGCACGAAAG